AAGUCUCCGGCCUCACCUGCUUCCUUUCUCCAUCAAAGUUGACGUUUUUCAUACGGAAGCCCUUCACCGCCGAUCAUAUCCCGCUACCGAUCUCCGUCGAUGACUCUCACGACUCCGCCUCCCAUUGAUCCAGAAGAGGAAGAGAUGUUAGCCCCACAUUCUGAGUUUGUUGCUGCUGAAGGAUCUGAACCAGUGGAAGAAACUGCUAAUUCUGUGGAUGCACCAAAAGUUGAUGAUCCGCCAAAAGUUGAUGAUCCGCCAUCAGAAAGGUUCACUUGGACAAUAGAGAAUUUCUCAAAAUUGACUCCCAAAAAGGUGUACUCUGAUGUUUUCGUUGUUGGAGGAUAUAAAUGGCGAGUGCUCAUAUUCCCGAAAGGUAACAACUCGGACCAUUUGUCAGUUUAUCUUGAUGUUGCUGAUUUUGCCACAUUGCCAUAUGGUUGGAGUAAAAAUAUUCAACUUAGCCUAGCUGUGGUUAACCAAGUUAAUAGCGACUUCACCAUACGCAAAGAUACCCAACAUCGGUUCAAUGCACGAACAAAAGAUUGGGGUUUCACGUCAUUUAUGCCUCUUUCUGACCUAUAUGACCCCAGUAAAGGAUAUCUUUUGAAUGAUACAUUCAUGGUUGAAGCUGAUGUGGCAGUUGUUGAUCCACCAACAACAAGGUUCACAUGGACAAUAGAGAAUUUCUCAAAAUUGACUGACAAAAUGCUGUGGUCUGAUGUUUUCUUUGUUGGAGGAUGUAAAUGGCGAGUGCUCAUAUAUCCGAAAGGGAACAACACAGACCAUUUGUCAUUAUAUCUUGAUGCUGCUGAUUCCAUCACAUUGCCAUAUGGUUGGAAUAGACAUGCUCAGUUUAGCCUAGCAAUGGUUAAUCAAAUUCAUAGUGAAUCCACCAUUCGAAAAGAUACCGAACAUCGGUUCAAUGCACAAGAAAGUGACUGGGGUUUCACGUCAUUUAUGCCACUUAGUGACCUAUAUGACCCGGGUAAAGGAUAUCUUCUGAAUGAUACAUGCAUAGUUGAAGCUGAUGUGGCAGUCCUGGAGGUUGAUGUGAAAGAUUCAAUACCUAAUCUGGAUGGCUUAUCGAUAUGAUUAGGGUGGUUCGGUUUGGUCUAGAAGGGGGGUUUGGAGGAGAUCAAAAGUGUAGGGACUACAAGUUUAAGUUUGGUUUAAACUUAGUAUUUAUGUUUGUUUGUGAUUGUCUUUUUGUUUGUGUAUAUCGAUUAAGGGUCAGUAGCAUUAGAGUUGUGUUAUGAUUCCUUAAAGUAAUCUUGUAUUUAUGUCGUCGUAGUUUUUGACUUAUCGAGCAUGUGAAUUCCUUUUAUUCUGAUAAAUGAAACAAGAGUCGAUCGUCCAGAUCAA